AUGGAAUACGUUCGUCUCGGUCAAUCGGGUCUCAAAGUGUCUCGUAUCAUCCUCGGAUGCAUGUCCUUCGGCUCGCGUGAGUGGAUGAACUGGCUCACCGAGGAGGAAGAAGCACUAGAGCUGAUCCACCACGCCUACCAAAACGGCAUCAACACCUGGGACACGGCGGAUGUCUACAGCAACGGCCAGUCGGAGGAGAUCGUCGGCAAGGCGCUCAAGAAGUACAACAUUCCUCGCGAACGCGUCGUCAUCAUGUCCAAGGUCUUCUUCGCCGUGGGAGAUGACAACGCGCCCACGUUCAGCGCCACCAACGACGGCGAGUUUGUGAACCGCCUUGGUCUCUCGCGCAAGCACAUCAUCGACGCCGUCGAGGCGAGUGUGAAGCGUCUGGGAACGUACAUCGACGUCCUCCAGAUCCACCGCCUCGACCACGAGACGCCGAAGGAGGAGAUUAUGCGUGCCCUCAACGAUGUCGUCGAGCGCGGCUGGGUGCGCUACAUUGGCGCGAGCUCCAUGGCGGCAUGGCAGUUCCAGCAGCUGCAGCAUGUGGCCGAGAAACACGGAUGGCACCAAUUCAUCUCGAUGCAGAACCUCUACAAUCUCCUGUACCGUGAGGAAGAGCGCGAGAUGAUCCCGUACUGCCACGAUACGGGUGUCGGACUCGUGCCUUGGUACCCCCUGGCCUCUGGCCUGCUCACGCGUCCACUCGGCGAAAUGAACACGGAACGCGCUCAGACGGACCGGUUCAGAGCUGCAUUCCAGGGCGCAAGUGAAGCAGACAAGACCAUUAUCAAUCGCCUGGAAGAGGUCGCGAAGAACAAGGGCGUAUCGAUGGCGCAGGUGGCCCUCGCGUGGCUCCUCAGCAAGAAGGACGUAUCGCCCAUCGUUGGUCUCAGCAAGAAGCACCGCAUCGACGAGGCCGUCGCCGCGGUCAAGAUCCAGCUCACGGGCGACGAGAUCAAGUACCUCGAAGAGCCCUACGUGCCCCGUCCUGUCAGGGGCUAUUCGUAG